AUGUCGGACGCCGGCUCGGACAGUGAUGAGUGGCAGGACUUGUCCGACGUGGACGCAUCCGAGUAUCCAGAGCCACCAGAAGAGGAGAUCUUCGAUCCAGAAAAUUACGCGUUCCGCGACGCCAGUUACACGGAGCCGCGGCCGACGUCGGGCGACCCUGAGGAGGAGUUCCUGUGGGCUGCGCAGGCCGGCGAGAUGGACAUGGCCGAGGAGCUGCUGCGUACGCGGCCCGAGUUGGUGCGGACGCAGGACGCGGACGGCUACACGCCGCUGCACCGCGCCUGCUACAGCGACCGCGUGGAAAUGGUGGACCUGCUGCUGUCGCGCGGCGCGCCCACCGACCUGCCGACCAACGACGGCUGGAUGCCGCUGCACUCGGCCUGCAAGUGGGGCAACCACCGGUGCGCCAUCAAGCUGCUGAUGCACGGCGCGCCCAUCAACGCGGCCAGCUCAUCUGGCCAGACGGCGCUGCACAUCGCCGCCUCGUGCCGCUCGGACAAGGAGUGCCUCAAGCUGCUGCUCUCCUGGCCAGGCCUCGACCCCAGCCUCAAGAACGCCGACGGCGAGACCGCCUACGACAAGGCCCUCAUCAACACCAAGAAGCACUACCUCUUCAACGCCGUCAAGAGGUGCACCCAGGAAAUUUGA